AUGGUCUGCAAUCCAUGCUGCUGCUUCAGUUUAAAGGACAGUGCCGUCAUGAUCGGCAUCUGGACGUUGGUAUAUUCGAUAGCGUCACUGUUUCUAUUCGGUUGGCAGACUGGCGUUCUGAACCAUUGUCGUUCAGUGACCAUGUCUCAAGCAAAUCUCCAAUGCGAGUGGGAUUGUCCAUGUGUCGGCUCUUCCACCGCUAGGACUACUCGAAUCAUUGAAGGUCUUCAUUUUUCGGCUUUUGCCAGGGAAGGAGAGUGCUCUGUGGCUCGUCGUGCACCAGUCUCUUCAAUCGCGCAACUCGGUAUCAUGGGUUGGCAGAUGGCGGCUAUCAAAUACGAGAAAGAUCGAGCUGCAAACACUCUCCUUCCCAACUAUAACACUUAUGGGAAGUAUGACAUUCCGUCCUACUACGAGUCUUACUGGCAAAGCCCUGAAGAGCGAUACUACACAGGUCUCUUCGUUAUCCAGAUUCUAUGUCUCAUAUCGGCUUUCUUCCUACUAUUCGCCUCUGUAGCUCUAAUUUAUGGAGUUCAUACGUUUAUUUUCACCUCAUUUGUCUACGCGUUUGGGUCAAUUUCUGAAAUAACUCUAUUCCAGUGGUCGCGACACCUUAUAUGGCCAUGGUUCAUCUGUAUAGUCUCGUCGAUCCUCACGUCCCUUGCCUACUGUAUCAUGUGGUGGGCAGGAGACGUACGCGACUACUGGAUGGCACUUACCAUUCUCGAAAUCAUCGGAGUGUUCAUCAAUGUCGGUGGUCCACUUCACGUGUAUUGUGUAGUUGUGGUUUAUAUGUUCAUGCAACGAUUGGCGGCCAUGACAGACGAAUAUGAGGGCAAAAAACCUCAGGUUAGAUACAAAGUCAAUCGAAAUGGAUACACGAGGAAGCCGCUAGACGACCAUCGCACAAUGAACCCUGGUUAUCCACCGUAUUCGCCGUCAGGAAUGCCUCAAAUUCCCCUGCCGAUGCCUUCGUCUCCGUAUCCGCCGGUACCACCCUAUCCAUUAGACGAGCAUGAGCGUGUGAGAUAUGAUCGAGAACCAAAAGCCCGUUUCCCUGAAAAGGAAGAGGAUCCAGUGGCACACUGGGUGAAGGACCAACAAAAAAUAGCGCUACUCUCAGAACGAGGAGAGGCGACAAGUGAACCUGUAGACAUAAGCAGGCCAGUACGACAAGACUUUCCUCUACAGCAUUCACGUUCCGUCCCUUCCCUAUAUGAUGGCACGCUGGUCUCUCAUCGGAGUUGCCGACAUGGGAAGCACAGAAGCUCAUCUAGACGACAUCGCUCUAGAAGCCGUCAUGUGAACAACUCAUCCGAAUCUGAAUCACCGAACGGUACUGCAAGAAACUCAAACAAUGAAAUGUCUGCCAAACAGAACUACUCUGAUGGAGGAGACGGCAUCGGAGUAGAACGCGGUGUUCCGAAUCCGAGAUCACCGAUACCACCGAAAGGUUUGAACGAGCAGAGAAAGGGAGAAGAAGCAGAAGGCCAUUUCAUAACAACGUUCUAUUGUAGAUCUCAUAGUGAUCAUCAUAACCGUGAUCGGGACGAUCGUCGACGACGGAAAGAGCGAAGCGGAGACGACCGCAGCAGACGUCAUCGUGAAAGGGACGAUUACGACAAAAACGGAAGAGAUGAGAUCGUCGAACGGAUCAGUGAGAGACGACCUCGAGAACGGCGACACGAGUACAGAAAUGGCGAGACAUCGAGAAUGGAAAAGCCAGAGAAAGAGACCUCUUUCGAUACUGUACAAACUGACGCCACGUUCCCACUCUCCGGUGGUAUUUCUAUUCCACAACAUAUCGUCAUCCCACCAUCAACGGGUGAGCGAGGUCCCGACGGGAAUCCUCUUCCACAAAAGUUCCAAAUCAAUUCCGAGAUCACCAUCAAUUACGAUGGACUCAACUCAGCGCCCCAGUCUGAUCCAAAUGGACUCUAUCGAAGGCGAUAUCCGGCUGUGGGAAUACAGUCAAAUGUUUGA